UGUGGCCGGCGAGCGUCGCAUUCACGUGUUUGUCGUGCGAAAUCGAGUUUUCCGGCGGCUGCCGAGCUGCAUUAACGUCCCAUGGUGAUUUCCUUCCAGUUUAUUGGUGCUAAUUUGUGCCGGAUAACGAUAACAUUCGGGGGCCCAGCCGUUCUAGCGUACUUUCGGUGCGGCUCAUAAAAAUUAUAGGUGUUUUCGGCGGAUGCGAUGAAUAAAUUUUGUAAAUCGAGUCUGUGUGUCGAAAAUGUUUGUGAGAGCUAUGUUUUGAUCGGCCGGCGUUCGGUGGAUGUGCCGGGUGUUGUAGACACAGUUCGGCUUGCGGUGCUCAUCUUGAUCUCUGUGAAAUUGUGCAGGCUGUUUGUCUUGCGGGCCCUCGGACUCGGGGACAGUUUCGCCAAAAGCGCGAACAAGGACUUUUCAGGGAUAUUAUUCUCCAUACCUGCAAUGUGUUAAGGUAUACCAGUGAAACGAACGUUACCCGUGAAGACUUCUAGUAUAGAAGACUUAAGUGCCAUUAAAAUCCAGAUUACCAGAAGAAGUGAUAUAGUUUUAUAUAAUAGAGCAUAACCGUGAUAUAUAUAGAGAACUAAAUCUAGGUGCUAAUACCAAUAGUUUUUAGUGUAAAAGUAACCAAAAAGAAGCGAAGCUGGCUCCGUACAAGGAUAUAAUGAACUCAUCGAGUAUGAGUUCUACAGUGCCAACUAUUAAGUGUGAGGACACGUCUCCAUCGCCUUCGGCGCCGAUUGGCACCGAUGGUGAAUCAACGGCAAAUGGCGCGUACAAUUUAAGCGUGAACGUGAACCUUAGUGCUGCUAUGAUCAACCUCUUGAGUGCUGAAACACCAAACGCCACGACACUCAGGACGCCAGAAAUUGUCAAUGAUGUAAUCACUAUGACAAACCCCCUGGACCAGUAUAAUUAUAACGAGAAAAAUUCCGGUUUUAAGAGUGGGAGCGGCGACUCGAAUUCAUCCGUGUCCAACGGUUCAUCAGCGACGUCACCAGCCUCUGGCACUCCACCAAGCAUACAAAAGACUUGCUCGGAAUUAAUAAAAGCUGGCUUGAAGUUGUCGAUCGAGUCCAAAAGAAAAAUGUCGGGAAGCGAUACUGACAUCGGAAUAAAACGGAUGAAAAAAGAAGAAAGCGACGAGGAAUACGAUAGCAGCCAUACUAUGACACAUAAAAGUGAUGGGUUAACACCAGAAGAUGAAGAACGUAGGAGGCGAAGAAGAGAACGGAACAAAAUAGCAGCAACAAAAUGUAGACUUAAAAAACGCGAGCGAACCGUGAAUUUAGUGACGGAAAGUGAAGUGUUGGAAACUCAAAACAUUGAACUAAAGGCACAGCUAAAGGACCUGGAAGUACAAAAGCGGCAACUAGUGGAUAUGUUAUCACUGCACGCAUCCUCAUGCGUGAAAAACAACAAUUCAAACGCAAGGGAGUCUCCAACAGCGCACUAUAACAUGCUCCGGUCGUACGAGUCAUCUAACACAUUCCCAACCAGCUUCGAAGCGCAGUCGCCAUACAUCAGGCCCGAGUCUGCAAACAUCCUCGCCUCCAGUUACACCUGCGCGACAUCCCUCAACGCUGAUUCUUCCAUAGAUCCUAUUCCGUCUUUAGACAAUCUGUACGGAGCACCACAACUAGCCGACGUGGAUUACACGAGAUCUGACAGUGUUCUCAGUUUACCUCCCAAUUCCGAUACCAAUUACGUUAAUACUGAUGGUUUUCUACCUAAAUCAACAAAUCUGCUUGUACCAAUUGAUUCUGAACACGAAUAUUACGAGACAGAGGCGAACUAUAACUUGACCACGCCACAGUGUCAUAGCUAUAGCGGCGCUGUUGUGGACGCACAAUCUAAACUCAACAAUGGCCUUAAUGACAGAUGCCUUGUCUAGUAAGAAAUACAUCCAUGAUUUGCGGGUCCAAAAUUUAUUUUGACAUGUGUAUACGUAUAAGUAAGAAUUGGAGUUAAAAUUCGAAAUAGAGUAUCACCGUUGAUUGAAAUUAACUUUCCGUUUGUUCAUGUUUUUAAAUGUUAUUGUGAUAAUGAAAUUGUAAAAGUUAAAAUUCUUUGAUAUUUUUUUAAAGCACUAAAUUAUGAAUGUGCCAGAAAGUUGCGGCGGGGAUUCAUUUCGAAACGAAAUCGUAUGUCUACUGUGUAGAACAACAGCGUAGAUUUAAUAAUAUGGUAUCUGCAAUACAAGAUGUGGGGGAUAAUAUUCAACAGCAAACCUUAAACAGUGCCUAAGUUUAAAAUUUCAACGCUAAACUGUCCAGUCUGCAGUAUUUGUGCAAGACAUUAGAUAUUAUUAUGUAUUUAUGAUACACCUAUUGACUUAAAAUUUGUCUAAUGUUACGUAUACUUUGAAAUAUUUCAACGGCCUUGGGGAAGUUGCGUCCCAGAAUAUCUACAAAAGUUCGGUAGGUAGGUAUAAAUCACAUGUUUCACUUUAUUUAGAACGGUAAUGUCUAACAUAAAAUAUAAGUUUUAUUUUUUAAGUUCUAUAAUUUUGCUUUGGUCUGUACAAAAUGUUUUCACGAUGUUUAUAAAUUGAGAUCUGAUUAAUUUAGUGGGUGCGAUGUUUGACUGAGACUUAACACGGAGAUUAUGACGUUAUAUUCGGAUAAAUUAAGCCCCUAGUCCCUAUAUAUUGUAGCAAUUGAAAUAUAACGAAUUUGCGAAUAGGAACAGUAAAAACUGUAGGUAUCUUAAGUUGGCAUCUAUCAGUAUCUACUAGAUACAUAGGCUUGCUUAUAUAUAUACAAAAUACGUGGGGCAUAAUAAGAUAUAUUUUAUAACAAAUGGAGAUAUUCUCGUAAUGUGCUUAACUGUUUGUAGUUUCAUAUUUUUAUAAUUUAAACGGACUACACACAAUAUUAAAAUUACAGCUAAUAUUGGAGUAGGGGUUGUGAAUGUAAUAACGGUUUGAUGAGCACACUCUACCGCUGUUCCGAUAUUGUCCUUUAUUUAGUGUCGUGUGCAUGCCGUUUUAUGUUGCUAUAACUUACAGUACAAUAUAAUGGAAAAAAUACCUCUUGUUAAAAAUUCCGAUGUUCUAUUUUAUGUUACAGAGAAAUAUAUCACAGAUUAAGUAUACAAAUAUGUAUAUUAUAUAUUUAAGGUGCUUUUACUCAGCGUAAGACGUGAUAUAGAAUAUUAAGGUGUAAGUUUGUUAAAAUACUUAAAAAUAUAUUUGGAUAUAUUUUAUUACUUAAUCGGGUCAUGUAAAUUAAUAUAAGAAUAUAAGAAAAUGCUUUGUCUUUAUAUAUAAAUACUGGUACAUUAUAAGCGUAUGUUAGAAAUAAUCAAGCACUGUAAUUGAACAAUUAAAAUAUAAAUCAUAUAAGAAUUUUAUAUAUAAAGUAUACAUGCAAAAGACUAAAACGUUAUGCCUUAAAAAUGUUUUUUUUUUCUAAUUAACAAUAACAAAACAAGUAAUAAAUGUAAACAAUUAUUCUAUGUACCAGUAGUUACAAUAAUUAUUAUAUUAAAAAAAAUAGUUUUCUGGAAUCCUAUGUUAGUUUUGUGACCUUAUUAAAAUAUUUAGAUAUAAGUAUAGCCCUAUCUGUUUCAAUACGUUUGCUCCCUUUUGUAAUAUGUUCAAAGUAAAUAUAAAUAAUAUAUUUAUUAAUUUUGCGCUAACAUUCAUUACAUGUGCCUACUACAACCAUGUGUCUCAUAAUAUGGGCAGGGUUGAUCACAAUUAUGUUAUUCUGUUGAUAUAUCAUAUACAUUUUAGAAUAAAUACUAUUUUUUAUCUGGGCUAUAGAUAGAUCAAGAGAGAAAUAGAGAAUAAAUUAUUGUCGGUUAUAAAGUAUUGUUAUAAAUACUAAAUAUGUCCCGAUAAAUACAAAAAAUACAGGAAUCCCAUAAUUUGGUAGUUACACAAUCAAAAUUGAAAACUUAAAGAUGAUUUUGACACAACAGAGAAGAAAGUCUAUUGGGCAAUAUGUUUUAACUAGUUUUAUUGAAAUUGGUUGCCGCUAUUUCUAACUAGUCUAAUUGAGAAAGUAGGUGCUUUCUCAAUUAUUGAACACCUAAUUAACACUGAGAAAUUUCAAAUGUCUAGACAG